AUGAACCCGACGACCAACAUCAAACCCAAGGCCAAGUUCUCCAGUCGCAACCUCAGCGCCGUCUUCAAGGCGCCGCUGCGGACCAAGCCUCUGCCGGACAAUGCCACCGGAUCGCUGCAGCGCCCUAACAGCCGCAUGCUCGUGCUCGGGCGCGCGGCUGUGGCGCCCCCUGCGCCACUUAACACUCCAAGUAUGAAGCGAGAGAGUCAGGUAGUCGACGUGCACGUGAGUCUGGUACCUACGAGCUCCAACUGGGCUGAGAGCGUCGAGAAACAGCAGAACAUUGAGACUCCAGAGAUUGGGCCGGCUCCUGCCGACGUAGUGGCCCUACCAAAGGCCCCCGAUAAAGUUUGGACGCCCGAGAGUGUGGCUGAACAUCUGCACACUAGAAACGCCCCCGCUCGUCCCAAGUUUGCGAUCAAGAGCUCUGGGCGCUGGGGAGAUGAUGCUGUAGAGCAAGACAUCGUUCAGAGCAACAUCCGUCGCCAAAGGCAGAAGGAGAAAGAGUUCCCGGACUUGAAGGAAGCAGCAGAGGAGACGCAGAUACACCACGGUCCAGGAGAAGGAUACACUCGUGCUACCGACAGGUCUCCUUCGAUCGAUUCGCAGCAGCCGGAGCAACAUCACGGAAGAGCCACCGGUCGAUGGGCGCAUUUUAAUGAGCAGCAGGAGAUGCAUCGUCCCAUUCAGGACAACCGGUGGUCUCAUGAUCGCUAUGAAGGUCAUCGCUGGCCACACCAUGGAGAGGAUCGCUGGUCGAGGAGCCGCUACGACCGCGACGAAGACGAUCGUUGGUCGCGUGGCCACCACUACCGGCACAACGAUGACUAUGGGCGAGAUCGGCCACCGUACGAGUCGAGCAACGACACUAUCUCACCCGUCCCCAACGACAGCCACACCCACUUUAGUCGCAGCGAUGCACGCUUUGACUUGUUGGUGGCUGGCGACCGAGAUCGUGUCUUAAGCCAGGGCCCGCACCGCAUGGACUGGGAAAGUGGUCGACUGGCACGUCGAGAUGGAUGUUCAUCCUCACCUUCCCGUCUGACUGGGCCGAGGGAUUCUUGCUUUCGCUCCCCACAACCAGAUCGUUCGCCAGCCCCAAAGACAGCGGAUGUGACACCCGCGAGAGCAAUAAAUUGGCGCAACCUGUCAACGCCAGAAGAGGGAGCUACUCGUGCUUGGGGUCGAGCAGCAACUGCCCCGCCAAAGAACGAGAAGCCAUCUACACCCGUGGCUGAGGCGGUCGAGAGCAGCAGUACAGAGUUAUCGUCUAAUUCGUCUUCCAACAGCAGCCCCAGUCCCCAGAUUCAACUGCUAAAACGCCCAAAGAUGUUGUUUGAUCCCAAGACUGGCGGUAUGAUGAACGCCAAAGAUAAAGCUGCUUCAGGAAAGCGACAGGCAGGUAGUCGAAAUGGAGUUAAAGAUCGAGAUGGAACGGAUACAGCUGGAAUACCGCGAUCGAAUUCCGCUAGCUGGAGAAGCAAUGAAAAAUUGGGGACUGAUUUUAACGCAGCAUCAACUACCAGUGUCAUCGCUGUCAACUCCGUGCAGGAGGUAGUUGUCGAGGACGCAGCAAAAGCCAGUAAGGAUUCAUCUUCGGUCUCGUCAGGUGAGGUGCUUCCAGAGCCAACAGCGGACAAACUAUCUACGAAGGAAAGCAAUACAAAGCGUGCACCCAAGUGGACGACCACUACGAAGGAUCCUACCCAUCGGGAGAGUGGAUAUCGUGAGAAGCGUAGAGAUUCGCGGAAUCCCGCAGCGAAUGUACGUGAUAGUUCGAGGCCCAACAAUGGUAAGACGAGGAACGACCGUGCAGGAAGCAGUACAAAUAAACCUGCUCGGCGUCGCACCAACAGAAAGGUGACGGAUCUACAGUCGUCACAGGUAACUCCGCAGACUAUUGAGAUGCUGAAGCAGAUUUCAGAGGGGUCCACUGGGGGCGUCGUGGUGCUUACAGAUGAGCAAAAAGGCAUCGAGGUGAGCUCCGAGGACAGAGGUUUCGAGACGGUCAAGUCUCGACGAGCUGUGUUGAACGAGAAGAAGCAACUUCGACAGCGUUUGGCAUCCAAUGAAUUAAAAAGCACCAUAGGAGAGCAGCAGAGCAAGGGGGAGCAGGUUCAAGAAACCAUCAGCAUGUCGUCCAAGGCGGUUGACGUGCAACUUACGUCCAAUCCUCGUGGGAAAGCUGCGAACUCGCGUAGGAAUGCAGAGCAGAGGAAGCCGAAGUCGAAGACGAAGCAGCCCAAACAGGCAAAGAGCAAGCACAUGCCAGUGAAGACUGCUGAUUCAGCUGAGGCGAAGCAGCCCGCAAGUCCAGCCAAGCCCACCGAGCAGGUCGCUGGAGAAGCCCCGACUGAGUCGACAGUCUCGAAGAAGCGGCUACAAUACGUGAAGGUUGUCCCGGCGAUGGAGGAGAAGCGCGAACAGAAUCCAGGCAGAGAGAAGAAAAUUCAAGGCAGCUCGACACGCAAGUCAAGCGAUCGGAAGCCGUCGUCGUCGAGUGCCGGGAAUUACCAAAAGCAGGAACCGACCAAACGCGCCGCCCAGAAGGUGUCAACGCGGGGUUCAGUCGCCAAGACGAAGCCCAAGCAGGUCCGUCAAGUGUACGUGGUGAAGACGCCGGCGCCGGCCAGCAGUGCGUCGUCCACCGCCGCAUAG